AUGGCAUUGGAUUACAAACCUUCCGAUGAUUUCGUAGUCAAUAACCUACAGUCGCUCGAUGACUUUGAUGUGACGGAGUCGAAGGAGCUUUGGCUUAUCCAGUGCCCUACAAGUCAUUUUCCGGAAAUCAAUGGGAAGGAGUUUAAGGUGAAGCUAGAUAAAGAUGGAGUAUUUGGAGGAUUCGAGGAUUCAUCUGGUAAAGAGGUUGGCCUCGUUAGCUUUGCUUCCCAAGAGGCUGAUGCAACCGUGAUUAUACCUUCUGCAAACGAAUCGAAAAUCGUCGGGAAGAUUUCCCGGCGUGUCUCGUUAGUGCGGUACCCAGAACCAAAAGAGCUGGUUGAUACAGUGAAGACCAAAACCCAACAGAAGCAUGUAGGAGCAGUGACGAAUUCCUCUGGAAAAUACUCGAACCCGGCUCGGAGUAGCAAGCAUAAAAGCGGACAGUCGGGUCUUCGACAUUCAGCUGCCACACGUAGCAGCAGACAGAAGAGCAUCUUUUCCAACUUCCCGGAGACUCCCAAAUCUUCAAAGAGAAAGCAUCCAGAGUCCUCAGUUAAAAAGCAACAUGGCCCAACAACUACUGUUUCAGGCUCUUCCGAUGGUAAGUCCAAGAAGAAAGCCAAGACUGACAAGUAA